CUCGUUGAUGCGUAGAAUGGACAGUUCUCGUCCAGCGGGUGAAAAUCGCCAAACCCUGUGAACUGUGUCUUUUUUGUGUUUAGCUAGCUGUGAAGGGAAAAUAGUGAUACAUUUCGCUACCCAUUAGGCAGCCAGCGCGUGUGUUGGAAUGUGACUCUUCAGUGCACGCUACUGAGAGAGAGAGCUUAAAACCGUGCACACUAAAUAUUCAAUAUAAUGUACAUCAAGUCUGGCCACCGUUUCCUCAGUGAUAAAGGUCAAAUAAUUUUUCCCGGACCACCGACUCGUUCGCCAGCGCUGUACUAUACGCCAAGCACGUCUACUACGACGACCACAACCACAACGACGAUGGCUUCCUUGCCGGAAUCAGGAGUUAGUGAUGAGAAUGGCAACUACAUUGUGCCCGAUAUGUGGCAGAGUAAAUCGACUUCCGGAUCAGAUAUGCUUUCCGAUAAGAUACAGAUGUUUUACAUCUACAUAACUGUUACGAUAACUUCCGUCUUCAUAAUAGUAAUAUUGGGCAUCUUUGGAUACAUGUGCUACAAGAGGAAAGGAUUUCAGAAUAUUGAAGGACCACAAUCACCCAUAGAGACGACUAGGCGAAGAAGCAGUACCCACAGAUCAACUCGUCGAUAUUCGCGUAAUAUGUCCAAAGAACGAGAGGCUUCAAUCGUACCGCCUGCACCAACAGAGGACAAUCCGGGGCAAACGUUACUACGAUGAACAGUUCCUGAAUUUCUGAUAACCGGCCGUCUUUACACGGGGUCGUAUUUUAAAGGUUUCGUACUAUGUACAAAAGAAGAGCAACGUUAACAAAGUUACUUAUUUGAUUAAAUAAACUAAUAACGAU